AGUAUUGACAAGAAGAUGAAAAGGGCUACAAAGAUAUAGUAAAGAGAAAAUUUGGGUUAGUGAAUCUAUUAAAUAAGGGACAAGGAGGCAGAAGAAUGUCAGGAAUGACCCAGCACGUGCCUGGUUGUGCAAGAGCCACCUCCUGCUCUUCUCAGAGCCAAGCCUGGGCCCUAUAAAAGACGCAUCAGGCUUCAGCACCUCAUCUGCUCUGACUCCCCAGGGACGUGUCUGUGCUCCUGCGUGUGACCAGGGUGAGUGGCAACCUGGGAUACCAGAGAGGUAUGAGCAGGGCAGAGGGAUGGGGAGGAUGGAGGUAGGCUGGAGAAAGAGAGUUGUGUGCUUGUGUUCUGCCAUGCUGAGCAGGAAUAGGACCCAGUCUGCCUCAAAUCUAUUGAGGCUCUGAGGCCUACUGGAGCUCAUAUAGGUGGGGAAAGCUAACUGUGCACAUCUUUUCCAAUUCUUGUUCAGUGACUUCACAUGAGUAACUUCAAAACUGCUGUGUUGGGCAUAUUUCCACCAUGGAAACUGGCUAAUACUUCAAGCCAAGUCCUUUUAUCUGGAGGUUUCAUUGCAAAAUCUUUUUCCAGAGGACACCCUGGUGUGUCCUGCAACACCUAGCUGGACCUUAGGGCUUGUAUUAAGGAAAUAGGUAUUUCAGGGAGCUGUGAAUACUCUACUCAGGCUUGUGAGGAUAGAGAAAUCCCAGCUUCCCCUGAAAGGAAGAAUAAGGAGCUCAUUCUGUGGAUUUUUAAAUGUAUGUGCUUUCAUUUGGAGGAAAUAUUCAAGUUGUUUCUUUCAGAUUACUGAUAUGACUGUAUAAUCUAAAUAUAAUUCUUCUCCCACCCAUGCAUUGAUUUCAGAAGAGGUAUAAUAUGAUCGUUGGUUUUAAAUAUUUAAAGAGUUUCAUUAUUAUGUUUUAGGCUCACUAAACUCUGCCAGGAUGUCUUGCCAGCAAAACCAGCAGCAGUGCCAGCCCCCUCCCAAGUGUCCUCCCAAGUGUACCCCAAAAUGUCCACCUAAGUGUCCCCCCAAAUGCCCACCCCAGUGCCCAGCUCCAUGUUCCCCUGCAGUCUCUUCCUGCUGUGGUCCCAGCUCUGGGGGCUGCUGUGGUCCCAGCUCUGGGGGUUGCUGCAGUUCUGGGAGUGGUGGCUGCUGCCUGAGCCACCACAGGCCCCAUCUCUUCCACCGGCGCCGGCACCAGAGCCCAGAUUGCUGUGAGAGUGAACCUUCUGGGGGCUCUGGCUGCUGCCACAGCUCUGGGGGCUGCUGCUAACCUGGGCUAAGAAGAACUCUUUGGACAGAAUGUUCAACAACCUGCUACAACCUGAUGCUUAACUCUUUCCAUUUCCUCUCAUUCCAUUCAUGGGUGGACAGGGGCCACCAAGACUCAUGGGGCUUCCCUGGAAGAACUUGGCACUCGAUGGAGCACCUCAAUUGCAGGUCUUCUUUUCCUCCUUUACCUCAUGCUAUAAUAAAGCUCUGAUUUCUGACUCACAAA